GCAAGUUUGUUGUCCUUCUGCUGAAAGUGCGGAGCAACAGUGCCCUGAACCACUUCUCCAAGUUUUAUUGCCAUCUUGCCUCUAGAGCAGUAUCGAUUAAUCGAUCCGCAUCAUGGGCACAGGCAAAAAGGAAGCUGCUCGUCGAGAGCGGCAGGGGAAGACGGGGGAUGGAAUGGCUAAUGUUCGGGUCAAGGGUGAAAACUUCUAUAGAAAUGCAAAGAAGGUGAAGACCCUUAAUAUGUACAAAGAGGGUCGGGCACAGCGAGACGCCUUUGGCAACGUCACGAAAGCUGCUUCCUACCAAUCUCGAGAGGUACCAAAUGCAAGGAUUGAACCCAAUAGGAAAUGGUUUGGAAACACCAGAGUUAUUUCGCAGGAGGCCUUGAAUUCAUUCCGAGAAGCCGUUGCAGAACGAGCGUCCGAUCCCUACCAGGUUCUCCUUAAAACCAAUAAGCUCCCAAUGAGUUUAAUUCGUGAUGGACAAGCUCCAAACGGCUUGAAGCAGCAUGAAGCGAAGGUUGCAGUGGAGGCUGCACCAUUCAGUGACACAUUUGGCCCGAAAGCACAAAGGAAGCGGGUCAAACUUAGUGUGGGAACGUUGGAAGAGCUUGCCGGCGAGACAGAGAAGAUGCACGACACUUAUCUGGAAAGGCUUGAGCAAGCAAAAUUGCUGAGUGGAACAUCGGGUGAAACCGGUGAUAAUACAGAGCAAGAUGGAGAACUCACAGCCGCCAGGGAGCCCGUCUUUUCCAAAGGGCAGAGCAAGAGAAUUUGGAAUGAACUUUAUAAAGUUAUCGAUUCAUCCGAUGUUGUCAUUCAUGUUCUUGAUGCCAGAGAUCCCGAAGGAACUCGCUGCAGAAGUAUUGAAAAGUACAUCCGCGAGGAAGCGCCACAUAAACAUCUCAUCUUCGUGUUGAACAAAUGCGAUUUAGUGCCAACCGGUGUAGCUGCGUCUUGGGUACGUGCUUUGUCCAAAGAGUACCCAACACUCGCAUUCCAUGCUUCUAUCAACAAUUCCUUCGGCAAGGGGUCCCUGAUCCAGCUUCUUCGCCAGUUUUCAUCCCUUCACUCAGACCGGAAACAAAUAUCUGUUGGGUUUAUCGGAUAUCCAAACACGGGAAAGUCUUCCAUAAUCAACACUCUCAGAAAGAAAAAGGUUUGCACAGUGGCUCCCAUUCCUGGAGAAACAAAAGUUUGGCAGUAUAUUACCUUGAUGAAGCGUAUUUACCUGAUUGAUUGCCCCGGAGUUGUGCCACCAAGUAACACCGACACAGAGGAGGAUAUCUUACUCCGUGGAGUGGUUCGUGUGGAAAACGUUCAAAAUCCCGAGCAGUACAUUCCUGGUGUUCUUAAACGAACGCAGCGGAAGCAUAUUGAAAGAACUUACGAAAUCAAAAACUACACCGAUGCCAUUGACUUCCUUAGCAUACUAGCCCGAAAAGGUGGCAGACUCUUGAAAGGAGGGGAGCCUGAUCUUGACGGUGUAGCUAAGAUGGUUAUAAAUGAUUUCCUCCGGGGGAAGAUACCGUGGUUCACCCCUCCUCCCCACACACCAGGUGAAGAGAACGAGAGGAUCGAGGGACGUGAUGGUCGUUUAGGAGAAAUCUCCCGUAAGAGAAAGGCCGAAAACUUGGGGAGCCAUGAUGACAAUAUCGCCGAAGAACUUUCGUCGGAGAAUCCCGAGGAUGAGGACGAUAGUUUCAACGGUUUUGACGACAGUGAGGAAGGGUCUGGCAAUGAAGAAGAGGCCUCUUCUGAUUCCUUCGAUGCCACGGGUUGAAGAGUAGUCCUAAUAGGAAAGUUCGGAUAUAUCCUAGUGGAACUAGUUUGGUUGAGCCCGGCUCGCCAGUUAUUUACUCAUGCAUCGCAAGAACCAGCUUCAUCAGAAAGCAAUUCUCGGAGGACUCCCAAGGGCGGUCUGCAGGUGACACAUGGCCCUCAGUGGCUGCUUUGUGUCGAUUCCUGUCUGGACUGACAACUGGCCCCGCGUUACCUGCAUGGGGCGUCGCCAUUGCGGACGUCCUAUCGCCACCCGGCUUGCUAUAAUGGCCAUUGGAGCCAUCUCUUCCCCCCAGCGGGAUGAUGUUCUUAGGAGCUCUAACAAGCAGCUACCUCUCUCCCGGGCGCCAUGGACCCGUACCCCCAUGAGUAACUUAGA